GGGAGGGGAGAGGAAGCUAUCAUUGGCUGAACUGUGUGUGGACUCUGGUCUCAGACUGUUGGAAGACAAGGUUCACUUUAGUACACAUUAAGCCAUGGACUCAAACUUGACGAUCCCGGUGGUGGUGGCGGUGUCUGUAGUGGUCAUAACGUUGCUGUACUUCCUUCUUGGAAACUCUGCAGAAGGAAAAGGGAAGGGCCCUGUGACCCUAAAGGAUCCUACGAUCAAAUACUCGCUGCCGCUCAUUAGCAAACAGGAAAUCAGUCAUGACACAAAGAAAUUCCGGUUUGGCCUUCCAUCCGAGUCUCACAUCCUUGGACUGCCAGUGGGUCAGCAUGUUUACCUGUCGGCCAAGGUAAAAGGCAACCUGGUUGUCAGGCCUUACACUCCAGUGUCCAGCGAUGAAGACCAGGGAUUUGUUGACCUUGUGGUUAAGAUAUACUACAAAGGGACCCACCCAAACUACCCAGAUGGGGGGCAGAUGUCUCAGUACCUGGACAACAUGGCCAUCGGAGACUCUAUUGACUUCAGGGGACCCAACGGACUUCUCAUCUACAAAGGCAAAGGCAUGUUUUCUAUCCGAGCCAACAAGAAGACGGAGCCGCUUGUUCAGAAGUUUAAACAUGUUGGAAUGAUCGCUGGUGGAACAGGUAUCACCCCGAUGCUGCAGUUGAUCCGACGGAUCACAUCAGAUCCUGCCGACAACACCAAGUGCUCUCUCAUAUUUGCCAACCAGACUGAGAAAGAUAUUUUACUGUGGGACGAGCUGAAGGAUGUGCAGAAGAAUCACCCAGAGAAGGUUAAAGUCUGGUACACUUUGGACAAGCCUUCAAAAGACUGGAACUACAGCUCAGGGUAUGUGACCCUUGACAUGAUCAAGGACCGCAUCCCUGCUGCGUCCAGAGAUGUACUGAUUGUCCUCUGCGGACCUGCACCCAUGAUCCGUAAUGCUUGUCUGCCAAAUCUGGAAAAGCUGGGACACACAAAAGAAAAUAUCUUUGCAUACUAGGCAUGUUCAACAAAUCGGUUAUUGUUUGUUUUUUUUAAAGGUAAAAAGAAAAAUCUUAACAGCAUGCAAUUUUAUUAAAUGCUUAACAACCACCUAAUCCAAGAGAGAUUUAAAAUAAAGUGUUGCCACAUUUCA